CCAAAAGUAGCCAAAACAAAACACAGAGCUAAGCUUAUAUAACCAUAACACAGAAGAAUAACAAGUGAGAAGUGAGGAGAAUAAGAAAGAAGAAGGAAAAUGGCACGUCGUGAAUUGGUAGUCCUUGCUUUGGUAUUAGUUGCCAUUGUGGGGGUUGCAGCCGCAGACUCAGGCAGCAGUCCUACACCUUCACCAUCUAAGAAAGACGACAAAGAUUCAGGAAGCAGCAGCGACGACGACAGCAGUUCAUCAUCGUCGUCGUCACCAUCCUCCUCUCCAUCAUCCUCCUCCUCCUCCACCACCACCACCGCCUCCUCAUCAUCAUCUGAUGCCCCGACCUCCUCAUCAUCAUCAUCAUCAGAUAACAAGGACAAGGACAAGAAGGAUAAAUCAUCAUCAGCCCCGACCUCAUCAGCAUCAGCCCCCAAGUCAUCAUCGUCAGCGUCAGAUAGUAAGGACAAGGACAAGUCAUCAUCGUCAGAUAGUAAGGACAAGGACAAGUCAUCAUCGUCAGAUAGUAAGGACAAGGACAAGGACAAGUCAUCAUCAUCACCAUCUCCCAGCAGCUCUUCGGGUGGCUCUUCUUCUUCAUCACCAUCGCCCAAGUCUUCCUCUUCUGGCAGCUCAUCAUCAUCUUCAGGUAACAAAGACAGCGGCAGCAGCUCAUCUUCACCAUCGCCUAAGUCCUCCUCAUCAGGCUCUUCGGGAUCUUCUGGGUCUUCGGGCUCUUCUGCCAGCUCACCCAAGUCAUCGUCUUCAGGUGACAAAGAUAGCGACAGCAGCAGCACCCCAGCUUCAUCUCCUAAGUCAUCAUCUUCAGGCAAUAAAGACAAAGACAGCAGCUCAUCUCCAUCUUCUGACGACGACACCUCCACGGCACCAGUCCCCAGUGACUCAGCGUCUCCCCCUGCCCCGUCCACGGACAGUACUGAGGCUCCCUCCGACAUUAUCACCGCUGACGCACCAGCUCCAUCCGACUCUUCCUCUAAAAGCGCCGCCGCAGCCCCGGCCUUCUUCUCUACUGUCUCUGCCGGUAGUGUCGCCCUACUCGCAGCUGCCACCUUGUUUGCCUUCUAAGUUAGUUACCCCUCUCACUGCAUGAUGCACUUUCUCUUUUUAUGCCCCGAAACUUAAUUCGAUGUUGUUCGGUCGAGACCCUACUUCUUCUGAUCAUUAUCAUCUUUCGUGACUAGUGAUUUAUUCUCUGUAACAUCGAAUCAAAUCCACGUUCUGUCCGUUUCACUCAUUCAACUCAUUAAUUAAAAGGCAUUCAAC